AUGCCCAUGCCCCCAGCACACCUGAUGCGGGCUUCUACAGAUGUUUAUAAGAAGCGCCCGCAGUUUGAAGUCUACGAGGCCGACGAAGAUGAUGAGGGUGAUGAACGAUUUCCGCCCAUGAAGCCGCGGGGUAGACAACCCGAACCUGCAAGGCCCCGCCGGCGGGUGACGAGACCGAGGGAACCGACGCCUGAAUCGACACCGCCGACGGAGAGUGAGGAGGACAGUGAGAGUGAGAGCGAAAGCGAAGAUGAUAGCGACGACGAACGUAUAGAGGUUGUGGUGGAGGAACAUGAGAGGCACAAACGACAUCAUCGAAAUCACCGACGACCCAGCCCAGAUGACUACAUGAGCUCUCCAGAUGAGAAGAGAGUCCCACAAAGGCGAGGCAGGAUACCGUCGCCAUCCACCUCUGACGAUAGAGAAAUACGACGAUAUCGGCAUGCGUCUUCUGAGAGAGGGUCGCCAGAUCGAAGACCUGCUCUGAGGCGGGAGAUUACCGACACACCUAGAUACAGUCUUCCAACACGAUUCAACAGCGUGCUGGAUGCUUCUCGGCCACCCGUGGCUUCUAGGAGAACUGCCAAGGUUGUGGAGUCCCGUGAGAUUAUCCGUGAAGGCCGUCCUCGGAGGCUAGUAGAGACAGUCGAGCCGUGA